CUGCCUGCUGCGGAGCUGCAAGAGACGGAGCAAGCCGGGACGGGGCCAGGGGGCUGAGUGAAGGGCGGAGGUGUGUAGCAGAAUCCAGUUUCCAGAGCUUUGUGCCUGUGUGACCUCCUGAGCCGUCAAGAGACUGAGAGGCUUAUGAGGAGGUUCUGUCAGACGAAACAGUGCCUAGCAAAGACACCGAGGAGGAGGGAGAAGGAGAAACGGGAAAGGCACCGGAGCUGAAACAUACUGUGGCCAGCCAUGAGAUCUAUCCGAUCAUUCGCAAAUGAUGACCGGCAUGUGAUGAUGAAACACGCAACCAUUUAUCCAUCUCCAGAGGAACUCGAGGCUGUACAGACCAUGGUUUCCACAGUUGAGUGUGCCCUUAAACAGGUCUCCGAUUGGAUGGACGAAACGAGCAAGUCCGCCAGGGCAGAGGGCAGCACAGAUGGCAAAGAGGAAGCAGCAGACAGCAGUGGCAAGGACCAAGGUAGCCGGGUCUUGUGUGGGGUGAUGCGGAUUGGCUUGGUAGCGAAAGGGCUGCUGAUAAAGGACGACAUGGAUUUGGAAUUGGUUCUUAUGUGCCAAGAGAAGCCCACGGAGACCUUAUUAUCUCUUGUCAAAGACAAUCUCCCCAUCCAAAUCCAGAAACUCUCAGAAGAAAAAUAUCACGUUGAGCAUCACGUGGAUGAGGCAGCCAUCAUCAUCCAUAGCACAAAGGAACUUCCGCUAACACUCAAGGUGACCCUAACCUCUCCCCUAAUCCGGGAUGAAGCUGAGAAGAACGGAGUAGACAGUGUUGCGAUGAAAGAUCCUCCGGACUUACUGGACAGGCAGAAAUGCCUUGAUGCUUUGGCAUCUCUGCGGCACGCCAAAUGGUUCCAGGCCAGGGCAAAUGGACUAAAGUCCUGUGUAAUUGUGCUGCGUAUUCUGCGAGAUUUGUGCAACAGAGUCCCCACUUGGGCGCCGCUUAAAGGAUGGCCACUGGAGCUUAUAUGUGAGAAAGCAAUCGGCACAUGCAAUAGACCUUUGGGUGCCGGUGAAGCUCUGAGGCGAGUGAUGGAGUGUUUGGCAUCGGGGAUCCUGUUACCUGGUGGGCCUGGCUUACAUGACCCCUGUGAGCGGGAGCCGACAGAUGCCUUGUCCAACCUGACUGUUCAACAACGAGAAGCCAUUACCCAUAGUGCCCAGCUUGCAUUGAGACUGUCGGCUUUUGGUCAGAUCUAUAAGGUGCUGGAGAUGGACCCUCUCCCAUCUAAUAAGUCGUUCCAGAAAUAUUCCUGGUCAGGAACCGACAAAGAAGGUGCAGGCUCCUCUGCUUUGAAGAGGCCUUUUGAAGACGGGUUGGGAGAAGAGAAAGAUCCCAAUAAGAAGAUGAAGCGUAACUUGAGGAAAAUCCUCGACAGCAAAGCAAUAGAUCUCAUGAACGCUCUGAUGCGCCUGAAUCAGAUACGGCCUGGCUUACAGUACAAGCUGCUCUCCCAGUCAGGCCCUGUCCACGCCCCAGUCUUCACAAUGUCUGUCGAUGUGGAUGGUACAACAUACGAAGCUUCAGGCCCUUCCAAGAAAACAGCCAAGCUUCACGUUGCAGUGAAGGUUUUGCAAGCCAUGGGCUACCCCACUGGUUUUGAUGCAGACAUGGAAUGUACAAGCUCCGAUGAGAAGUCGGAUACGGAAGGCAAAAAUGAGACAGUGUCUUCAAACUCAAGCAAUAAUACUGGGAAUUCUACAAUCGACACCUCUGCUACCUUGGAGGUACGAACUCAGGGUCCCAUCCUCACAGCGAGUGGCAAGAAUCCGGUGAUGGAGUUGAAUGAGAAACGGCGAGGCCUCAAGUAUGAGCUUAUUUCCGAGACGGGCGGCAGCCACGACAAGCGUUUUGUGAUGGAGGUUGAAGUAGAUGGCCAGAAGUUCCGAGGCGCCGGUCCCAACAAGAAGGUGGCCAAGGCCAGUGCUGCAUUGGCCGCCCUUGAGAAACUCUUCUCUGGCCCCAAUGCAGCUGCCAACAAGAAGAAGAAGAUUCUUCCCCAGACGAAAGGAAUCGUCAACACAGCCAUGUCAGCAGCAGUCCAGGCGGCUCGAGGCAGAGGGAGGGGUGCUCUCACGCGAGGCGCUUUUGUUGGGGCAGCAGCUGCUACUGGUUACCUGGCACCAGGCUACGGGGCACCCUAUGGGUACAGUGCCGCCGCCGCUGCACCAGCUUAUGGUGGCUUUUUCAUUGACAGCCCUUAUUGCCAACCUCUCAACAUCGCUCCUUUUAUCAUUCACUUGGGCCCUCAAGAUUUCUUCUCUGACUUCUAGAGCAAGCAGGUUAUGUGGUUUGCAAAGUGCUUUUCACAAAUUACUUCCUAAAAGCAAGAGCUUAAUGUGACUCGUUUGAGGGAAGAGCCUUCAACAUCGGAAUGGGACUCUGGGAUUCUCUUUAAAAAAAGUUUUAUUUAUAUUUUUUUAAUUGUUCGUCUCCUGAACUCCAAAAAGCAAUACUCACAAGCCCCGUUCUCAGAACCACAGCAAUAGAUGUACAUAGAGCAUUGCUUGGCUGUUUCUACAUUGCACUAAGACAGAAAUGGAUGUUUUAAACCAUGUUCCGUUUUGAAAAUUGGCCUGGCUCUCAAUCGAACUAGCUAGCUUUAACUCCACUUUUGGCUCUCUAACUAGUCUGAUUUCCUUUUUGAACGGGAAGCACAGAACGAAACUGAGGCUGUAGGAAAGCUUUCAAUCUCCCCCCCACCCUUGUAGCGACGUGGUGGAAGCUUUCCGGCUUUUGGUCGUGGCACCUCUGCAGUGCUUCUUCUGGAAGCAUCAGCUCUAACCAAAUGGGAUCUUGAAACUAAACAAGCCAUUUCAGAUGAAAAUGGACUUUCUAAUGGCCCCUUAACUUUGCUUUAGGAUGCCCUGGUUUAAAAGGAAGGCUUUGGAAGUGAACAAUGAACAGUACAGGAUGCAUCUUGUGAAACCCAAAAGCUCACAUAUCCCAGUAAAGAGAGUGUGACGCUCGGGUAGGGGGUCUGUUUGCAGUCAGUCCUCUCCUCUCUGUAUGACAGGCCUACCUCAUAGGGUUUAAAGAAAGAUAUCCCACAUAAAAACAUUCAAGCCCUGCUGAAAUGACUGGCGUCCUGGACUGUAUUCUUACACAGCUCCUGUUCAUUUGUUCCAACAGAGCUUGUGUGAGAGAAGAUCCCAGUGGAUCAUGCCAGUUUGGUGUAGUGGAUAAGUGCACGGACUCUAAUCUGGGAGAACC